AUGGCAGCUACAAAAACAUCAAAUGAAAAUUAUGAUAUGGAUGAUUUUGAUUCACUUUUAGCAGUACUUUCUGCUGAAGAACUUGAUAGUAUAAAUGAUCUUGUUGAUCCCGAAAAUUCAUAUUUACCAGCAAGUGAUCGUUGCAAACCACAAACAACGAAAGAUCCAACAGGUCAAUAUGAUCGUAAAAAACUUUUAGAAUUUCUAACUGAACAAGGACAAAAAGAAAAAGAUUGGGACGAACAAAAACCAUAUGUAGCAGGUGAAAAGAAAGGGAAAGUUUGGGAACCACCAGCAGUUGUUAAACCAACGACAGAUGAAGAUGACUUCCUAGCUCCAACUGAAUGGGAUGAUGUAUUAACAAAUGCAAGUGAAACUGAAAUUUGUGAACUUGCUGCUAUUCUUGGUUUUACUGGUUUAAUCAAUCAAGUACAAUAUCAUGCUGCAGUUAUGGAUAAAAAUACAUUUGUAAAUUCUGGUGGUUGGAAUGCUGCAGCAAAAGGUGAACCAUUAAGAAUAGUUCCACCUGAACCAGAUAAUUUAACUAAUGUUGAAGAUUGUAUUAAAAAAGCUGAAGCUAAUGAUAAAGAAUUAACUCGUAUUAAUAUCAAUAAUAUUAAAGAAAUUAAAGCUGAUGUACUUAAAGAUUUACUUAAUGCAUUAAAAGAAAAUACACAUGUUGAAAUUCUUGAAAUGGCUAAUGUUGGUAUGACGGAUAGUAUUGGUCGAGUUCUUGCACAACUUAUUGAAGCAAAUCCAACAUUAAAAACAGUUAAUGCGGAAUCAAAUCGUUUAACAGGUCCAGUUAUUACUGAAAUCGUACGAAGUACAUUAAAGAAUCAAACAUUGAUUGAAUUACGUUUAUCAAAUCAACGUUCACAAAUUCUUGGUAAUCGAGUUGAAAUGGAAGUUGCAGAUGCUAUUGCUCAAAAUAACACACUUCUUCGCUUAAAUAUGCAAUUUGAUACACUUGGACCACGUGUUCGUGUUACUGAAAAACUUAAACAAAAUAUUGAUGCUUUACGUAAAAAACGUUUAUCAAGUAAACAAGAAACAAAGAAUUAA